GGACAGACUGAUGGACAGACUGAUGGACAGACUCGUGGACAGACUGAUGGACAGACUUGUGGACAGACUCGUGGACAGACUGAUGGACAGAUGAGAAUCUGCUAAACUGACCUCCGUUCCUCUUGCUCUUUCCUCACUCACAGGAGAAAGAGAAGAAGUACAUGCUGCCUCUGGACAACCUGAAGGUCCGUGACGUGGAGAAAAGCUUUAUGUCCAGCAAACACAUUUUCAGCAUCUUCAACACAGAGUCCAGGAACGUGUACAAGGACAACCGGACCCUGGAGCUGGCCUGUGACUCGCAGGACGAUGUGGACAGCUGGAAGUCGUCUCUGCUCCGUGCCGGGGUCUACCCUGAGAAGACCACUACGGUGGAGAGUGAGACGACCACCACCACAGAUAACUUCUCCAUGGACCCCCAGCUUGAGCGUAAAGUGGAAACCAUCCGUAAUCUGGUGGACUCCUACAUGGCCAUCGUCAACAAGUGCAUUCGGGACCUCAUCCCUAAGACCAUCAUGCAUCUGAUGAUCAACAAUGUAAGAAAAAGGACAUGUAUGCAACCCUCCCCACUGCUAUUAUGGUGAAACCGUAUCAUCCUACCAAUGCUGCCGUGCCAUCUGCUUUGGGUCA